GUGUCAACCAGGACCGCCGGCUGGAUCUGCUUUGAAUGACAACGUCGUGCUGGCGCAGGUUGGGAAGGCCGUGCGAGAUGGAGAUGCUUCUGAGCUGUCCUCUCUAGUCAAAGCCAACAGCCUCUGGGCUGAGCCAAAUCCGUCCGUCAUCUCCAUGGAGCUCCAGCAGAAGCUCGCAACAGGCUGCUAUC